CAAAAGCUAAAAAAGAAAAGAAUCCGACGGAUCCUCCUCCCUUACAAGAACGCCUCCCGAGUGUAAACAAACCCGGCGAUGGCGCGGAGCUCGAGCUACUUUCCCAACUAUUUCUCCCUCGGGGACAUCUUAGCGACGCAGGACCGCGUUCCUUGUAAAUUCGAACUGCCGGUGUAUAAUCUGGGCUACCUUGAUCCAUCUAGUGGCAAUAAAGAUGUGGUUGCUGGAACAAAGUUGGAGCUUCCCUGUUGGCUGGCCAGAGCUCUCUGCUCAUCAAGACGGCACAUAGUGUCAGCCCAGUUACCGAAUACAUUUAAGGAGCGAUAUAGGGAAAUUAUGAAAGCUGAUGCAAGUGUUGUAGAUUUGCACAAACUUGGACCACACUAUUAUGAGUUAGGACAGCAUCUCCUGCCUCUAGCUGGACCUGAAGCAGCAGCGCUAGCAUCUCUUUUGACACAAACGCUCAGAGAACGGCUACGAGGAAUAAUGGACUCUGCGCAGAACUCUCUACGGGAUGAUGUGAAUGCCCAGAUUGUCAAACUAGAUGAGCUUGAGAGGACGCUCUUCCAUGCUGGCCAGAAAGCUCUCCAGGAUCACCAGCUGUGGCUGUCCCGCAGGGCUCACAUCCUCACCACUUCGACCAUGGUUGAUCAGCACAAUAAGAGGAAAUUCUCGGCAAUUGAUUCAUGAAAAAAGGGAAAUUAAAUUGAAGAUUGUGUACAGAUUUCUCACUUUCUAGAAUU